AUGGCAGAAGGUGGAUCUCAAGACGUCGGGACCAUGUCGUUCACAGAAUUGUUAAACAAAUUAAUGGCCAUGACACAUCCAGUACCGAAUGACAAACGACAAGAUCAGUACUGUUCUUACAUCAGCAGUUUUGUUUCUGAGUUCGGCAUAGAACACUGUCAAGUAGUCGGGAGUACAAAGGAAGGAACACGUCUACGCUCGGAACAGGACGAAGGAGAUUACGAUUAUAUCUUGUCUGGUAAUUUCAUAGUCCCUACUGAUUGUUUGGUGUACAGAGAAGACCUACCCUGCUUUGUUCACAUCAAAGGGUCCUUCAUGGGACAAGAGUUUUGUGAUCAGCUGAUAGAUGGCGUAUACCUACCAACAUGGUUGUUGAAGAAUGUCAGCAUAUUGGCAUUUCCACACUUGAAAGGGAUUUUCGAUAUCGUCAGCAGAUCUACCACGUCCCAUGGUCGAAACACUCCACACUUAGCUAUCAACACCAGCAUGAAACCUGGUUACAGUUUGGUAAAUUACGCAGACUGGGAUUGCAAAGAUCUGAGUGUGAAGAGAAAUGCCAGAUCUGCAAGUGAACGGGCUUUAUACCAACAGUUUGAGGAGCGUAGGAAAAGUUCAAAGGUUCUACAAGAAGAUGGGAACAAUAUAUUAGCGUCUUUUGCUGCUGUUAUUGACUUCAUAGAAAACAUGAAAAACAAUGAUACAUCAACAGGGUUAGUUUACCAGCAGUUCGGUCCCAUUUUGAGCGCUUUAGCAGGUAAAACGAGUGGCACGUCGAAGAAAAGGCCAACUGACGAGCAUUCCAAUGAUGACAAGGAACAAAUUGUAGACUCUACUUGCCAUCUUCAGGAAAACGAGAUAGCAACGAGUAGCAGAGGCAAGAAAGCCAGGAUGCACACUUCCGACAAAGAUUGUAUGACCCAAGAAGACAUUCAGAAAUGCUGUGAUGCGAAAACAGACAAUAUGGAUGUUUCUACACCAGCUGAAGAAACGUUCGGUAAGAAUGGAAUAUCGACACCGGAAGAAAACACUGUAAGCGGAAUCACAGAAAAAGAAAGUGUGGACAGCAAGUCUGAGGAGAAAAAAGACACAGAAGUAUACGCAACAUAUCGUAGCAAGUCUAAGAAAGACUUUAUCUUAGCACUUCGAUUAUCUGAACCACCUAAAUUUAUACAAGAAUGGAUGCAGCGGGUCCUCGGAGGGCAUUGGCCAAAUCCUGAAAUUGUAGAGGAUAUUUCCAAAAGUCAGUUUUUCGUUGUUGCCAAACCUGCAGUGAAAGAUGAAAAACCAGAUAUAGAUUUCUGUCUAUCCUGCAACCUGGCUGAAAUCAUCCUGGCGAGAGAAAUGCCUCCUGGCCAUAAGAAAUGCUUGCUGAUGAUCAAAGCAUUCCAGAGAAGCGUUCUAGAGGAAUAUUCUGAGGUCGUGACGACUUUUCACUGGAAAACAGCUAUAUAUCGAAUGCUUGAAUCCACCGACCCAGCUACCUACUCAGAGAACAGCGGAGACGUACUGGAUGUGCUAAGAAAGCUCCUAGACUACAUGCGAGACAGGCUGCAUGAAGGAUGCCUGAUACAUUACUUCUUUCCCAGCAACUUAUUUGCAGGUUUGGAGAGAGACAUUCGUGUUGCUAUCGUCGAGAAAAUAGAAAAGAUCCAUUUGGAUCCAAUUUUCUAUUUGAGAUCCUUCUUUUGUCUUGAAAAAGAACGAGCCCAUGCUCGACGAGUUGUAAAAAUUCCAGUGAGCACGUUAGAUGAAGUGAAGAAUCAAGUAGAACACAGAAGGGAUGAGCGGUCGGUAGAUGCAUUUGUGAAUGUCCUUGAAGGAUUUGCCAAACCAGCAUCGACAGAUUCGAUUGAAAAACCAAAAGUACCGAUUCCUAACCUGAUCCUGCAAAUUGCGGAAACUGCCCUAACAGAUGAAGAAAACAGGAGAAAAGAUAAAGAGGAAAAUGGACCAACAACUCCACCGACCGUAUCAAAGGACCACCUAAUGGAAAGUGUCAAAGGUCUUUUCUCUACAUUAGGAGCUGACAGAAGCACUAGGAGACAGGCGGAGAAGGAAGCCAAGAAAGCGGCCUUAGCCUAUUUCUCGGCAGGAAAGAAGUAA